GUGCGCAAUUCCGCCAUCUUGACACGAUCGCUCGCCACGCUUCCAAGUCGACGACGGCCCAUCGGCGCGGCCUCGAGGACAGGAUCAGCACCAUGGAGGAGAAAGUCUUGCACCCACAGGAGAGCUCGGCCUCGGUGGGUGGCGCCAAGAAGAAGGAAGAGAUCCUCUGGAGCGGCGUCCUGCAGAAGCGCGGCCACUUGCGCAAGAACUGGCUCACGCGCUUCUUCGUCCUCACGCCCACGCACCUCCGGUACUACAAGAAGCCACGGUCGCCGAACCAUAGCUCGACGUGGAACACGGACAAGCGGUAUUUACGCGGCGAGCUGCGGCUAACCGACCUCAUCCACGUCGAGAGCUCGAGCGCCGACCACCGCCCGUACUGCUUUGUCGCGACCUUUGUACGGCAAGCCAACGUCCUUUGGCUCUACCACGCCCACUCGACCAUCGAUUACUACAUUCAGGCCAACUCGGACGACGACCGCGACAAGUGGAUCCGCCUCCUCACGUCGCAGCGCGGCCCCAAGUUCCACGCGAGCGUCUCGUCCUCGUCGUCAAUGAAGCUCGCGGGCGGCUCGUCGUCCUCCAUGGUCUGCCUCGCGCCGUCUGCUCCUCGUGAUAUCUACCUCUACAUGGUCGGCCACUGCAGCGACGAUCUACCCGGCGACGCGGUCGCCUCGGCCAAGGUGCUCGCCGAGGAGUUUCCGAUCUUUGUCGCGCUCAUCCGGGAGCUUGAUGGCGGCGACGACGAGCACGUGCUCGUCCACGUCCUCGAUCAGAUGGUCGGUGAGGUCCUCGACGGCGCGUGGAACGACACGGUCAAGAAGGUGUUGGCGCUCGCGGCCGAGCAAAAGCUGGCGACCGCGCCGCUGCUCUGGACGGACGCGGUCAAGACGGCGUACAUGGUCAUCAUGAAGGCCAUGCACAAGCAAGCUGCGUCUUCGUCCUCGCGACAGCUCAAGUCGACCUUUGUGCACGGACCACGUCUCCACCGGCAGCCGUCGUCGGCCACGUUUGCCUCGACGUACUCGCUCGGGCGCAUCCUGGGCUCGGGCGCCCACUCGGUGGUCCGCGUCGGCUGGCACCACCAGCAGCUCAAGCAAGUCGCUGUCAAGUGCAUCGCCAAGGCCAAGCUGCUGCGGCACGAGCAGACGUCGCUCUUGCAAGAAGUCGCGAUCCUCCGGCAGCUGCGCCACCCCAACAUUGUCCCGCUCCUCGACUUUGUCGAAGAAGACGACAUGUACUUCAUCGUCACGCCGCUCUGCACGGGCGGCGAACUCUUCCAGGACCUCGUCAAGCGCACGCAGUACACGGAAGACGACGCGCGCAACGUGCUGCUCAAGCUCGCGAGCGCCGUCGCGUACAUCCACGCCCAACACAUUAUGCACCGCGACAUCAAGCCCGAGAACGUCCUCUUGUUUUCGUCGGCGCCGGGCGCGGAGAUCAUGCUUGCCGACUUUGGGUUCGCGCGCAUGAGCCUCGGCAACCACCUCGGCACCGCGUGCGGUACCCCGGGGUACAUUGCGCCCGAGGUUGUCAAGGGCACCAAGUACGGCGUCGCUGUCGACUGCUGGAGCCUCGGCGUGCUCCUCUUCAUCUUGCUGUCUGGCCAGCCGCCGUUCCCGGGGCACAACCACGCCGACAUUCUCGCCCGCGUCGCCGUCGGCGCCUACUCGAUGGACGCGGCGCCGUGGUUGCAAGUAUCGAGUGCCGCCAAGGCUCUCGUCCGGCGGCUGCUCACGGUCGACCCAAGCCAGCGACUCACGGCCGACGCUCUCCUCCGCGACCCGUGGAUGCGUGGCUGCAGCAACGCGGCGACUGGCGACGACGACGAGGGCAAGCGCGACGUGACACAGCUCGGCUCGGCGCUGGAGGAGAUGCGUCUCUGGCGCGCCUCGGGCGGAAGCAGCGGCCAGUUGAGCCAGGCGUGCGCCGAAGACCUCGACGACACGCGCGGCGCGACGCUCCUCGACGAUGAACUCGCCACGCCCGUGGCCGAUUAACUUAUAGAGUCUCGAUCGUAGUCGUCGUUGCUCGACCUCCUGUACCAAUAUGAUGACACCUGCAAUGGC